AUGGAUUGCUUACCUGAUCAGUUAGUUUGGGAGAUUAUGGAUAGGAUUAACAAAACUGCAGACAGAAAUUCUGUAUCACUAACUUGCAAACGCCUCAACAAAUUGGAUUGUGAACAAAGAAAGUUUAUCCGUGUUGGGUGUGGAUUAGAUCCUGUUUCUGAAUCCUUGGCUUGCAUAUGCAAUAGGUUUCCUUUUCUGGAAAAGGUUGAAAUAGUUUACUCUGGUUGGAUGUCCAAAUUAGGUAAACAGUUGGAUAAUCAGGGGCUCCAAAUCCUUUCAAAUAACUGCCAUUUUCUGAAUGAUCUUACCUUGAGCUACUGUACCUUUAUUACUGAUGCCGGUCUUAGUUCACUUACUUCUUGUUCCAACCUUUUGGCACUGAGGCUCAAGUUUGCCCCGAGGAUAACUGGGUGUGGGAUAUUAUCGCUAGUGAUGGGGUGCAAGAAGCUUGCUGUACUUCACCUUAUUCGGUGUUUCAAUGUCGGCAGUGCAGAGUGGUUGGAGCAUCUAAACAACCUCGAAAGUUUUGAAGAUCUCUGUAUUAAAAAUUGUAGAGCAAUUGGAGAAGGUGACCUGUAUAAGCUUGGAUCUAGCUGGGGGAAAUUGAAAAGGUUACAUUUUGAGGUUGAUGCGAAUUACAGAUACAUGAAAUGUUGUGAUCGGUUGGCCAUAGAUAGGUGGCAGAGACAAUGGAUCCCCUGUAUUAGCAUGCAAGAACUGACUUUGGUGAAUUGCAUUAUCAGCACUGGUAGGGGUCUAGCAUGUGUCUUGGGGGUGUGCGAUAAUCUAGAGAAGAUUCACUUGGACAUGUGUGUUGGCUUGAGAGACUCUGACAUAGUACGCUUGGCUGAGAAUGCAAGAAGUCUUCGAUCCAUUUCACUUCGAGUUCCUUCAGAUUUUUCAUUGCCUCUUUCAAUGAACAGUCCGUUGCUGUUAACAGACGAGAGCUUAAGGGCACUGGCACAGAAUUGCUCAAAUCUGGAUUCAGUCAAGCUAUCUUUCUCAGAUGCACACUUUCCUUCAGUGUCCUCAUUUACUUUAGAUGCAAUUAUUACUCUAAUACAAAUGUGUCCAAUAAGGGAACUCAUUCUAGAUCAAGUGCAUUUUUUUGAUGAUGCUGGUAUGGAUGCUCUCAGAUCAGCGAAGUAUCUUGAAGUCUUGGAAAUUGUAGGAUGCCAAGAAGUUACCGAUGAGGGGCUGCAACUUGUAGGACAAUUUCCCCGAUUGCAAGUUUUACGGCUCAGCAAAUGUUUGGGUGUCACUGAUGAUGGGAUAAAGCUGUUCAUUGGAACAUGUAAAUUGACAAUUUUAUCCGUGGAAGAUUGUCCUCAGAUAUCUGUUCAAGGCGUAAAAGGAGCUGCGAAGUCUGUCUCUUUCAGGCAGGACUUGACAUGGAUGUACUAA